AUGCUUCUCCCUCCGCCAUACAUAAUGCGGGAACUCCAACCCGUAGUACAAGGACAGAAGUUACGACACAGCUACCAGCCCCUACGAAUACCUCACAUGUCCGAGUCAUUAGCCAACACGGCUCGCCACAGCGUCAACGUACAGUCCUCGAUCUUGCGAGACCCUUGCUCGGUGCCCGGUCGCUCGCUCGUUGCGAGGACCGAGAUUACAAGUUGUUCAUUGUCCACCUUGAUGAAGUGCCUCACAGACUGUGAGCCAAGGUCACACAGAGAACAGUUUGUCUCAGCAUUCUUUGCCACGUCGGAACUCUUCUGUACCCCAGAGGAGAUACUGUCUGCUCUCAUCAGGCGUUUCAAUGCUGCUGAGUAUGCCAAGGCAUCUAAACAAGAAAUCAUAUAUCUUGGGAUAUGCCGUGCACUCAGAGUGUGGCUAGAGUCGAGUUGGGACCCUACCACUGAUCAACGUGUCCUUGCAUCCCUUGAAAACUUUAUAAUACAGCGAAUACAUCCUGCAGUACCCAUGUACUCCGAAUUCUUACUACGCCGUAUUAAAGAUCUCCCUAUCAUGGAACCGGGCAAAACACAAGCCGAUCCUUUACCCGUCGAUGAGAACGACAACACAUGUCAACAUGCAAAUCUGGUCACUGUCAAGAAGGCAAACAGCUUCUUUGACGACCGAAGCGGCCAGUUGUCAAUUCUUGACAUAUGUUAUAAACAUCUAGCAUCCCAGAUCACCGUCAAGCAGAUGAAAAUAUUCCGUUCUAUUGAGAGGAGGGAGCUUCUUGGCGAAAGGUGGAUAAAGUCAAGAGAGGCUCCCAAUGUAGCUGCUAUGAUGCAGCUUACCGACGGGGUCUCCAAUUGGGUCAGGCAAAGUAUCCUAAGCGACCCGGAUCCCAAGAGUCGCGGCGCUAUAAUAGAGAAAUGGGUUCUUGUUGCGCAGCAUCUCUUCCAGUCAAACAACUUUGAUGGACUUGUGGCUGUUACCUCGGGCUUAGAUGACAUCUCUGUAUCUAGGCUCAGGGCAUCAUGGAAUGCAGUAUCGCUACCGGCCAAGGAAUCUCUUCGCUCUCUGCGAAUGAUCGUUGACCCUUCGGGUAAUCGCAGGAAACUCCAAGCCUUGACCCUCACCUCGUCAGGUCCAUGCCUCCCCGUUCUCCGCUCAUACCUCAGCGAGCUCUUCUUUACCAACGGACGUUUUCAAGACGUCUCACCCAAAGAGUCGGAAGGGUCAGAAAAGGUUAUCAAUUGGGACAAGUACGCGCGCAUUGCGUCAAUUGUCAAUGUGCUGACAAGCAAUCAACAACCUUAUGAUAUCACACCAGAUGAUGAUUUGCAGAGGUGGAUCCAGAAGAGCACAUCUGAGCUGUGGUGUAAAGAUCAGUCUUGCAUCGACGAGGCAUGUUACCAAAGGAGUAGCUUUCUUGAGUCGGGAGUCCCACUCCGGAAGAGUCAAACAUUUUUGCGUGCUAUUUUUAAGAAGAAUUAA